AAGGUUGUAGCGUGUCGGAGAGUACAACGCAUCGACGGACUUGUACAAGACGACACCUGCUCUGGUCGAAACGGGAAACCGGAGAGACACGGUGACGGCGGGGGCGGCCAUACUCAAACAACCGCCGAGCGAAGUGCGCGGCACAACGCAGAAAUGAGACGAUAAUAAAAUCGUAUUAUAUCGUUUCUAGACAAUCUUGGGGACGAGGUGUAAACGGAUAUAAGUGUCUGUAUUGAAACGUGAAAGAACAACAAAAUUGUACGGAAGGUAGUGAAAACGGAACAAGUGUGGGAAGUGUAAAGAGAAAGAGGAUAGAAACGGGCCAACAAAUCGAGAUAUAAAGGACGGUAUGAGUGCGAAGACGGACGUGAACAGGCGGGUCCUAGCGAUUCAGGCCAAGAAAAAAAGGCACAAGCCGAGUAAACGUAAAGGAAAGGGAAAUUCUCAGGGAGAAUCAGAUACACCAGGAGCUCAAUGCUCGAAGACAUCAGCCGCUCGACAAGAUCAACAAAGUUCAGAUUUCUACCUCGGAAAGAGAGUGGAACCAUGCCAUAGCUCCAGUAAUGAAACAAUAGAAGAUGAUGAUGAGGUAUACAGUAGUGAGGACGAAGAACAAGAGGAUAGCAGUGAUUACUGCAAAGGUGGAUAUCAUCCAGUCAAAAUAGGAGAUUUAUUUUUAAAUCGCUAUCAUGUAACUCGUAAACUUGGUUGGGGCCAUUUUUCAACAGUUUGGCUAUGCUGGGAUUUACAAGACAAACGAUUUGUGGCACUUAAAGUGGUGAAAUCUGCAUCCCAUUUUACUGAAACUGCAUUGGAUGAAAUUAAAUUAUUAAAAGACGUGCGUGACACAGAUCCAAGUGAUCCUAAACGCAAUAAAACCGUCCAGUUGCUCAAUGAUUUCAAAAUCAGUGGCAUUAAUGGUUUGCAUGUUUGCAUGGUAUUUGAAGUGCUUGGACAUAAUCUCCUUAAACUGAUCAUCAAAUCCAACUAUAGAGGAAUUCCAAGGAAUAAUGUUAAACGUAUCAUCAGACAAGUACUUGAAGGUCUUGAUUACCUCCAUAAUAAAUGUAAAAUUAUUCAUACAGAUAUUAAACCUGAAAAUGUUCUUAUUUGUGUCGAUGAAGCUUAUAUACGAAAGUUAGCAUGGGAAGCUAUUGAACUGCAUUCUUUAGGUAUGAGAUUACCAGUAUCGCUAAUUUCGACUGCGCCAAAGGAAUUUCAAGAACCUAUUCCUAAUUCGAAAAUGUCAAAGAAUAAAAAGAAGAAACUCAAAAAGAAAGCUAAACGUCAAAAUGAAUUGUUAAGGAAGCAAGUUGAACAGAUUGAAGAACUUGAGGAGCAAAAUAAAGUGGUGGCAAAUAACACAAAUGGAGAAUUAGAAACAAAUAGUCCAGAUCAGGAUAUAAAUACAGAAAGUAUAGAAGAUAAUACUGAAAGCAAAGGUUCACCUGACAUUUCAGAACCGUCAGCACCUUCAUUGCACAUAAACGGUGUGGAUAGUUUAGGGGGUGGAGAGAAAGUAGAGAAUCAAUUACCUCAACAAUCUGAAAAGAUGGACAAUGCAAACUUAUGUGAUGUAGAAAAAAGUUGCGGAGAAGGGGUAUUACCACCUGACCAUGAAGAUACAGACGAGUGUAGCGAAGGUCGUAAUUUGCAGCCACCUGACAGUAAACAAUUGAAACGAGCGUCCAUAGCUCCCUUAAAUCCCGCUAUAGUGGAAUGUGAUGUUGAAGUGAAAAUAGCGGACCUCGGAAAUGCAUGUUGGGUGCACAAAAAAUUCACAGAUGAUAUUCAAACUCGUCAGUACAGAUCAUUAGAAGUGUUACUAGGAUCGGGAUAUGAUACUUCAGCAGAUAUAUGGUCCACUGCCUGUAUGGCAUUUGAAUUAGCAACUGGUGACUAUCUUUUUGAACCGCAUAGUGGCAAAGAUUAUUGCAGAGAUGAAGACCAUUUAGCACAUAUUAUUGAAUUACUUGGAGAAAUACCAAUACGGAUUGCUCUUUCCGGCAAGAACUCUAAAAUAUUCUUUAAUAAGAAGGGCGAGUUAAAGCAUAUUACUGGAUUGAAACCUUGGGGACUGUACGAGGUGCUUACAGAAAAAUAUGAAUGGUCACCAAGAGAAGCACGCGAGUUUGAAGAGUUCCUAACUCCGAUGCUUGAAUUCGACCCGAGAAUGCGAGCGACAGCAGCAGAGUGUCUGAAGCAUCCGUGGCUGCAAAUCAAAAAGUGAUUGUGUUUUUUAUCGUUUUAUUUUUAAAUUCUUCAACUUCUACCAUCCUGAUAUAAUCAUAAGUCGAGAGUGUGACAAGAAGCAACGACCUGCAGGUGUCAGGUUCUUUCAUAUUAUAUACAGUGUUUUAUUUCCAUAUAACGAGUGCAUUGUUAUUGAAAACGCACACGAUAAAAUUAUUUAAUAUUUAAUAUACA